CAGGUGGUGAAAUUCGAUGUCGGACGCUGCCCGACCUGCUAAUUUCCUGGUCAUCAAUUGGGCGCAAUCGAGAAGCGAGCUUCGACAUCGUGACUGGGGCUGUCUUCGUAUUUCGUCGAAGAUUCUCGUGGGGAUCUCGGCCUCGGCAAACUUGCGUCCUGCAAGGCCUGUUCACUAUGAUCCAGAUGGAGAGUCUGCUGUAGGGCGUCGAUGAUGGUUUAUUGUACUUUUUAGCAGUCUCGUUGAAGGUCCUUCGCCUGCAGUCCGGUGACGAUGUAUUAGAUCGCUCCAAGUCGUGGAUUUUUCAGUUCGGAAACUUUUUGCUGAGUGGAGCAGAGGCGAGGGCGAGGGCGAGGCAGUUGCCAGCAUCUCUUGUAGGGGAGGAAAACUAUCGCACAAUUUCUGGCAAUCUGCUGAGAAGGAAAGUUUUGAGAUGUUUCGGAGACUUGUGAGUAAACUGCGGUCUUACAGUGGGCGCGUCAAAGUGGGUGUGGACAAGUAUGGCAACAGCUACUAUCGAAGACCCGAAAAUGUAGAUGGCGCACUGGUGGAAAAGAGAUGGGUGGAAUUCAAUGCUGAGCCGGAUCCUACUACCGUUCCAGUUGAAUGGACCAGUUGGUUAUCCGGAACAAGAAAAGAAGCACCAACUAAACAGGAAAUUCUAGACCUGGAAGCUCAUCGCCAAAACGUCAGAAUGGCGGCAGCAUUGUAUGAAAAGGAGGAAGAAAUAAGGCGUGUCAAAGCUAAACUCUCUCAACAAGGAUUAAAAGCAGAUGAUCUUAGCCUUGAAGAUAUGCAGGUUAUGCUGCGACAAAUCAGUGGUGGAGAAUCUCGGCAAGAUGGUUCCGACAAAUUUACACCAGGAGAGUUGUCACAUUCUAAGUACACGAAGGGGCGAGAUGGGAAGGAAUCUGCGGAGCCUAGUGUUUGGCAUCCGCGUACGAGCAGGGCUACUAAUGAUGCGUCAGGCAAGGCCCCUUCUGUUAAUCCCUCCGACGGAAGAUCUUCAGAUUCACACGGUCAAGGAGACAACUUUGAGCCUGGAACCUGGCGACCAUGAAACAGACCAGAACUAACCGCGCGUUGGUGGAUACCUUGCAUCCUCUUCUACGUUCCUCUGUAUGGACCGAUUCUUGAAGUACAGAGUACUUAUCUGUUUAGCUUGGCAUCAGGUCGAUAUUUUUUGGUGUCUGUGUACAUUAUUCUUCCGUGAUUCAAUAUUUGUUCCUGCUAGGAUCAAAACAGUAUCCAGCUAUUGAGUCUCCCUUCUUAUUAGAGUGAGAGAGAUCUUCCGCGAGUCUUUUAAACUGUGUUGCAAGACAGUUUUGUUUUUUUACACGUAAAUUACAAUGUCGGAGAACAGUCUGAUGUAAACUGUAUGCCAUCGGCUAGGAGUUUUGGAGAUUUGAGUAUUCCUUUGAGUCUUUAUGAGAGUUUGUCGAAAUCGAUAGAUAUCAGGAAUAUAUUAUCAACUGGUUUGUUAAGGAUGGGGAAUACGUCACCCAAGAUAUUAGAGUCAUCAAGGUUAAGUGGUUUAUAAAGAGAAUGGAAUAUUUCAUCUUGUAUCUAAGAUAUCAGAAUUAU